GUUCCUUUUGCGCUCCAUAGGUGGCGAUUACGUCUUUCCCCCCCUACAGGCACCACAGAAGAAGAAGCAGUGCAGUUUUCAGAGGAGAUGUCCCGUAAAGAGAAGGGGUUAAAAUUAAACAUUUUUUAAAAGGAAUAACGCAGCAGUGGAGUAAUGAUAAGCUUGCUUCGUGACUUCAUUGUUGUAGUGUUUCUCUGUAGUAGCUGUAAGUGGAUUUAAACGAGUUUUACGACAGCAAGUGAGGCGUUACAAGCGGCAGUUUGUGUCUCUGUUGUCAUUUAUGCUGGAUUAAAAGCUCCUCUGAACAUCUCCAACAUGUCCGGCGUGUCUUCGAGCUGCCGGGCCGCUGCGUCUGGGAGCUGCGACCCCCGGAGCCCGCCGAGCAGCAGCUAAUGAUGGGCCGCCGCUGUGCAGCAGGAGUGCAGCGUGCUGUGUCGGAUGUCCCCUCGGCUCUGCUUCUCAACAGCCUCCACUUCCUGUGUGACUCUCUCUCCUCCGCUGUUCUGCAAAGCCGGUUGUGACACGUAGCUGUAAGGACCGCCCGGAGCGGCUCUGCGCGUUCAGUCAUGUCCAGGUCCGGCCGGAGGUACAAGCCGCUCCAGCAGAGCAGCGGGGGCGGCGGCUCGCUGCCCGGCUGUGAUCGGGUCCGGAUGCCCCGGGCCCGGGUGCUGCUGUUCUGCCUCCUCGGUGUUCUGGUGCUGGCGGUGGUCCUGGGAGUGUACCUGUCCAACGACACCGUCACCGGACAUGUGAGCCGCGUGCCAGCGGUGGAUCUGAGCCGAGACAGGCUGUCCCACAAACCCAGUAAGUCCUCUCCAGCUCAGAUCCGCCGUCUGGCCUCUCAGGUGGACGGCACUCGCCUGUAGGCUCACCUGCGGCCCAUCCUUAUAGAGCGCCUCCCAGGCACGCAGGGCAGCCUGGCUGUACAGCAGCACAUCACCUCCACCCUGUCCUCGCUGUCUGCCGGCUGGUCCAUAGACCUGGACUCGUUCCAGUCCCCUACCCCUCGAGGCCAGGUCACUUUCACCAACGUCGUCGCCACUCUGGACCCUUCGGCACCUCGACGGCUGCUCCUGGCCUGCCACUAUGACUCCAAGGUGUUGCCUCCAGACCCGCGAGCCCCGGAGAAGGUGUUCCUGGGGGCCAGCGAUUCUGCAGUGCCCUGCGCUAUGAUCCUGGAGCUCGCCACCUCUCUGGACGCCCAGCUUAGGUCAUUCAAACAGCAGAAACUUCCCGUAACACUCCAGCUUGUGUUUUUCGACGGCGAGGAGUCAUUUGAAGAAUGGACUGCCACCGACUCGCUGUACGGCUCGCGCCACCUGGCCGAGCGCAUGGCCAACACGCCCCACCCCGCAGCCUCCUCGCACGCCAACAUGCUUCAGGCAUUGGAUCUCUUCGUGCUGCUCGACCUACUCGGUGGUCCCGAUCCGCUGAUUGCGAAUCACUUCGAUAACACUGCACGCUGGUUUGACCGCCUGAUUGCUGCAGAAAAGCGGCUCCAUCGACAGGGUCUCCUGACGUCUCACCCCUCGGAGCAGACCUACUUCAGGAAGGAUGUGUAUCUCGGACCCGUGCAGGACGAUCACAUCCCCUUCCUUCACAAAGGCGUCCCCGUGCUGCAUGUCAUCGCCACUCCCUUCCCACAGUUCUGGCACACACUGGAGGACACGGAGGAGAACAUGCACCGCCCGACGGUGGAGAACCUGACGAAGAUCAUGGCAGUGUUUGUGGCGGAGUACCUGGGCCUCUGAGCGCUGAACACAGACAGCAACGGUCCGAGCAGGACCGGCGAUAAACGACGAGGUGAGGAAGAGGAGAGCCUGGUGAAAUGAUGUAAACUGGAAUCUGAACUUUACCAAAGACGUGUAUCUGCUGGGCAGUCCUCGGGUUCACGUGGACAACGAAUCGGACAGAGCUGAGCAAAGUAUGUGAAGUGGAUGGUUAAAACUUAUUACUAAUACACAUGCUGGGGAGCAUCAUACCUGAGAAGCAGCUGGGAAAUGUGUCUGUGACUCUAAAUUAAUGUUUUUGUUCUGUUCCUGUGAAAGAAAAAAAAGCCUUAUUAGCCUUAUUGAUGAUUUACCCUGUUAAUAAGAGAUGGAGAUGCUCUUCGUCUUCUUGGGAGGGACCUGUUGUGCUCAUUUUCAGCUCUGUGAUUUUUUUUCUCUGACUCUGCUCAAGUAGUUUUGCAUGAUUUACCGAUCACGUGCAGCCUGAAACAAGCCUCUCCUUUUAAACUGAGCUCCUUCUGAUUGGCUGCCCAUCAUAAAUAAUAAAAUAUCUGCUCUCAGUGACAUCAUUCAGAGCCAAGAGUAGAAAAAAA